AUGUCGUCCGCACUCACGCCCAUAGGCGUCCCGACCCACUCGCCGUCCGGCGGCGCCGACGCCCGGCCCCUCACCUUCAUCGUCCUCCCGCCGCAAGACGACUCGCUCGACGCUCGUCAACGCCCUUCGCAGGCGCCGUCCUUCUCGGCAGCCGUCACGCGGGCUCUGGCCGGCAUGUUCGCCUUCAUGUUCAAGCGGCCCAUUCGCUUGUUCCGCCCCGUCAAGAUCUCGACCUGGGCGGGCAUCCAGGCCAUCGCCGAGGAGCAAGGUCGCUCGGUCACGCCGGGCUUUGUGCGCGGCCUGUUGCGCAAGGAGGGCUGGCGCUUCAUUCCCAAGCACAUCCUCCCGCCCCUCGCCAUCAACGCGUCCAUCGGCCUCACCCUCUUCACCUCGUACACCUCCUCCGAGGCCUACCUGUCGGCCCACCUCUUUUCGCCCCUCGCCAAGCUCGUAGUCGUGCCAUUCAUUUCUGGCUCGGCCGCGGGCGCGGCUCAGUCUCUCCUCUCGGCCCCGCUCGACAACGCCCGCCUCCUCCUCGUCCGCCGUCAGCGCUACCUCCGCCUCGCCCACGCCCAGCACGGCGACGCCCGCAACCCGCGCCUGCGCCGUUCGCGCGCUGCGGGCACCCUCGGCGGCACGCCGUUCCAGUCGUGGUACACCCUCAUCCGCGACAGCGUCUUCCAGUCGGCGCGCCGCACGGCGGGGCUCGAACCCGGCGGCGCGACGACGGCGACGGCGGCGACGGCGACGGCGAGUGCGCGCGAGCGCCUCGAGCAAGGGCGUCGGUGGGCGCGGCGAGGCUGGAGCCUCUUCUCGCUGUCGCUCGCCAAGGACGCCCUCGGCUUCGGCGUCUUCUUCGUCAUCUUCGAGGUCGGCCGCGAGGGCGCCCGCAUCGCCGGCCUGCGCUGGGACGGGAUCGACCCGGACCGCGCCGGGAUCGGCGACAUGGAGGGCGAGACGCUCAAGCAGCGCCGCACCCCGGCCGGGCUCGUCCUCCAGAGCGUCGGCAUCCUCGUCAGCGGCGGCGUCGCCGGGUGGAUCUUUUCCCUCGUCGCGAGGCCGUUUGAGCGCGUGCGUGGCGCCGUGUUUGAGGGGCGCGCGAGGUGGGCCGAGCGGGACGGGCGGUUGAGGGUCGUCGAGGAGCUUUUGCGCGCUCAGGGCGAGCGGGGCGCAGCAGGGGAAGCAGCGGGAGCGGGAGCGCAGGAGGCGCAGCAGCCGCGUCGAGCGAGGAGGCCGCGCCGCACGUCGGCCGGCGGCGCGAGCGAGCGCCGCGCCAACGAGGUCCUCGGCCCGAAAGGCCGCAAGGGCUUCCGCGUCCGCAUCGGCCGCAUCCGCACCGUCGCUCGCAGCGCCGCACGGACGCGCCGGCGCCAGGCGCGCCAGGCGGCGAGGGCGCGCGCGGUCCGCGAGCUCGUCGGCGCCGAGGUGCCGGUCGACGCGGCGCUCGAGCGAGCGGCGGCGGCCGUCGUGCGCGGGACUGAGGCGCCUCUGCCGCCGUCGACGCUCGUGGGCGCGUUCCCGCCGAGCGCUGUGCCGCACGAGGAGCGCCUCCCGAUGCCGUCGGCGCGCGUGCUCGUCCGCGACGCGUGCCGGCGCUACGGCGCGUCGACGUUCCUCUUUGCGCCGCGGGCGACGCUCCAGGAGCUUGACGCGCGCUCGUCCAAGCCGUCGCCGUCGCCGUCACCGCUGGCCAAGCCGCUCCCGACGCGGCCGGUCAAGGUUGGGCCGACGAGGCUGAGCGCGAGGGGCAGGGAGGCGGCCGAGGCGGUCAAGCGUCAGGCGAGCGGCGGUGGAUGGCGCAAGGGCGCGAGAAUCCUCACCUAUAUUCCGCCGUACGCGAUCGGCUUCUUCGUCUACGCCGUGACGGCAGGAGAUCUCAAAAUUGAGGUGUAGACGAUGUGCGGCAGAGGCGGCAGCUUGUAGAGCAGGCGAGGAGGAGGUCGAGAGCGAGUGAAACUCGCGUUGCGGUUCGCGCCCGCCUCGGUUUUCUCGUA